CUGCAACGCACGACAAAUGUACGAUUGGAAAAGUUGCAAAUGUGAGUGCAAGGCAGAAAGAGAGAACAAAAUGAAAUGCGAAGAACAAGAAGGAAUGUGGUGGGAUAAAGAUGACUGUUCCUGCAAGUGCACGCUGAUGCCAAGGGAAUGUUCAAGUCAAGGGAUUUGGAGCGAAACUGACUGCACGUGUAUGAAUGAACUACCAAAUCGCGAAUAUGAGCACGAGGACGAAAAAAAGAACAGUACCGAAUGCCAGAAACAAUUAGGAAUGUGGUGGGAUGAAGAUGAAGGCUGCAAGUGCAUGAUGUUGCCGAUGAAAUGUACGAUUGGACGUAGAUGGAGCAAAGCUCACUGCAAGUGUGUUCAAUAAUAUAAUCCCAUACGAGUCUCCCUGCGUUUAUACGGUGUGGCUUUACUUCUCCGCAAGUGGCCGUUGUUUUGCUUGAUAAGCUUCUUCUUGGUUUUGUAAUGAAGAUAAUUUCAAGCAAUAUUGUUAUUUGUUUUUCACAAGUUAAAGAUAUCGUUUUAUCAUGCUCGAGGAAAAACUUGAAUACAAAACUUUUGUUCAAACGAAUAAAUAUGAUGUGUGUUUAAAAAAAAAAAAACAAACAACAUGGUCGCACGUAACUAUACAGAUCCCUGAAAAACAUUCCGAGUUUCAUGUUCGAAUAUAAUUUCCAUUUCAUAAAAGUUAAUCGUUAAAGUUAAAAGACGGGAAUAAAAAAGGGAUCCUAGAAGUAGAAACAAGCGGUUGAGGUAAUAGAUUGUACAUCGAGGAUGCAAAGUAGGUCUUUUCACGAUGAGUGGCCCGGAGACGAAUAUUGUGUGACAAAAGCGUGGUUAACAAGCUUUAUUCUCAUAGCGGAGUGCAAGCAAAAGCACUUUUUCCCCACUAGGACGAAACAUUUUUUGCACUAUCAUUGGAAUAAUGUCGGCAGUCAUACAACAGUGUAAUUGUAUCAGAGGUUAAAAGGUUAUUCCUUCCUCUCAUUUUUUUCCAGAGGGCACUUCGUACUAAAUCCAUCAAUUUUGACCCUCGUCACUUCUAGGGUUAAUUUCGUGUGAACUCUUUCGCCAUAUUACUUUGCACCCUAAAAUUGAUGCUAUUUUUAUUUAUUUUUUCCGAUUGUCUUUUCUUCCGUUUGCAAAAGUGGUUUGAAAAAUGGUCACCCUGUUUAUACGGAUCCACUGUCAAUUAUACCUGUCGUGGUUCGAGCGAAAACGUUUUAAAUUUUCUCCAUCAUUGUACUUCAAAGGGUUUCACGAAUAGCGAGAAAUUUUACGAACUAUAAUUGCUGCUCGAAUUAGUAGAAGUAAUACUCCUACCUUUAUACGCUCCGAAUAGAUUACCAUCGCGUAUUCCAGAACGGUGCGUUUAAUCUUCGAUAAUCCCGGAUAUUCAACGAUCAAUGAUAAAAGAUUUAUACAACUUUACGUUUAAUCACGCCAAUUUCCGAAGAAUUUCACCGAAAUGUAAAAGGAUAGAGAAUAAUGAUGAGAAAUAAAAAAACGACAAAAGUGCGAUUGUACG